CGAGCGGCACACACGCACAUUUGCUCGCUAUUUCCCUGCGAUGGAUUCGUGGCACCUGUUGCUCUUGGGGGCGGCGCUCCUGCUCUCGGUCAUCCGAGCCAGCGAUCUCAACUGGGGUAAGAAAGUGCCCUGCUUCGUGGUGGAAGGAACUGUCGUCUGCCCCGGCUGCAGGUACCGCGCCGGACUGACUUGCCCGAGGAGUUUGAAGCAGCAAAGUUGUAUUCCUUCAUCAACUGCAGAUCCCUACCAUGCAAGGCGCCGAACGAAGCCUCCGGAAAAAACCGCAUCCACAUCCUCCUCUACAUCCGCAUCCACCUCCACAACUGAGUCAUCCACCACCGAGGCUGUCAAUACCACCACAGCUGCACCGAGGUUGCUGUUCGGAAAGAGACUCACAAAGAAUCCGCUGGACAUGUCCAUCUUCCUCUACCGCAUCAUGGACGCAGAUCAACUGAGGAGGCGCUGGAAGAAAGACACGCAGAGUGGAUCGACGGAAUUGCAGCAGGGCGUCUGGGUUCAUCUUGAAGAUGAAAGCCAGAAUGAUCAGGAAACGGUUCAAAAGGAAGAAGAACCGGAAACUUGUCGGUGGAACGGAGAUUGUCCGUGCCCACAAAUUUGUUGUGAUAUGGGAGAGGGUUGUCCCAAGCGUUGCGUCAAGGGCAUCCGUCUGCCACCACCUUUUGGAUAAUCUACUGUCUGAUUUUAAGUCCACUGUAGCAAUUUUACCAAUGAUUAUGUUCCUCGGCAAAACUUCCGAAACUGGAAACAAUUAUUAAUAAAUUAUGUUGCUU